CCUAGCGCAUCGCACAGAUGUAGAUGACACCAAAUAUCGUUCUUCCAAAAACCAAAACUCUCCUUCAUCGGAUGCUCCGAAUCCUCUCAUCGUCUCUCUCUCCUCACCACCAACGCCACAAACAGGUCGCUUCUCUCUCCUCUCUCUUCCCAAUCCUUCUCACCAGAACUCCCUUCUCCACCACCACGCCUCUCCCACAUCCACAGUCUUCAUCACACUUGGAUUCACCAUCACUUUGCUUCUCUGGGAUUGCCCAAUCUGUCAUUUCUAGAUGUUCCCAUUUUCUAGACAAACACAAAGGUAACAACUUUGCUCAUGUUAUUAGUGUUUCUUCCAAAAAGGACCUUCUUUUGGAAAUUUCGAACGUAGUUCCCCAGCACACCCGUAGGUUUCGUCGGGAUUUGAAGCUUAGACCCGAAGAUGUGCUUGAAAUAUUACUGGGUUUUGAAUUUGAGUGUGGAAAAGUUGGGUUUGGAGCUAGAAAGGUUGGGGCUUUGUGGGGUUUGUUCAAGUGGGUUAGUGCAGAAAGUAAGGGUUUCAAGCAUCUUCCUCAGUCGUGGGAAGUCAUGGCAAAGAUUCUUUGCCAUGUGGGGUUGUUUAGAGAAGUUGAAUUCUUGCUUUUGGCUAUGGAGAGGGAGGGAAUUUGGUUGGGUUGUCAUGAAAUUUUCAGUAAUUUGAUUGAAGGGUAUGUUUGUAGUGGUGAAUUAGAGAAGGCCGUUUCGAUGUAUGAUCGAACGAGGCGACAGGGUUUAGCCCCGUCAUCGUCUUGUUAUCAACUUCUUGUUGAUAAUUUGGUUAGAAUGAAGAAAACCCAAAUGGUAUUUAGAGUCUUUAUGGAUAUGUUUGAAAUGGGUGUUGAAUCUAGUGAGAUGGUGAAGGCAACUAUGGAGAAUGUCACAAGACUUCUUUGUGCAGAUGGGAAGAUUCAAGAGGCGAGAAAUCUUGUCAAGAAAGUUAUGGCAUUUGGAUUCAAGAAUAUAGGCUUUGUUCCAGCUGAGAUCACCUUUGGAAUCUUAAUCGGUUGGAGUUGUCACGAGAGGAAACUGAGAAGCUCCUUUGUUUAUCUGGCAGAGAUGUUUAGAAGAGGGUUAGAACCGCAUAUAUGUUCUUACAACGCCCUCAUUGCCGGGUUGUUUUUGAAAGGUUUGUGGAAGCAUGCUCGAGUCGUUUUUGAUGAAAUGAUGGAGAAGGGGACAAGACCCGAUUUAUCAACUUUCAAAAUCCUUUUAGCAGGCUAUUGUAAAGCUAGACAAUUUGAUGAAGUGAAGAGGACAGUUUGUGAGAUGGAAAACUAUGGUCUAGUGCAGAAUGUUUCAGGGGAGGAUCAACUGUCCAAGGCCUUUUUGGUUUUGGGUUUCGAUUCGUUAGCCGUGAGAUUAAAGAGGGAUAAUGAUGUACACUUCUCGAGAACAGAAUUCUUUGAUAGUCUUGGCAAUGGACUUUAUUUAGAUGCAGACUUCACUGAGUAUGAGAAGAGAGUCACUGGAAUUUUAGAAGACAGUUUGGUGCCUGAUUAUAACUCAUUUGUCAUCAAAGAAUGUGAUCAUGGAAACCUGAAAGGUGCACUGAUUUUAGCAGAUGAAAUGGUCCACUGGGGACAAGAGUUAUCCUUACCCGUCUUCUCUGUUUUACUUAAAGGGCUUUGCGAAUCCCUUUACUCUCCCAAGGUAAUUACAAAUCUUUUGGAGAAAAAGCCAAAUUUGGUUAGCUUGCUGGACCUUGAAGCUCUAAACUUACUAGUUCAAGUGUACAUCAAGAGAGGAUGGACACACAAUGGGAAGAGAGUCUUAGACAGCAUGUUCGAAAGGCAUAUAAAAAUCAAUAACAAGACAUACACUGCCAUAAUAACAGGUUUGUGUAAGACGGGAAAUUUGAGGGAUCUUCAUGAUUGGUGGGAUAUAGCCCGAGAAGCGAGAUGGUUACCGGGUUUGCAGGAUUGUAAAGCUCUUUUGGAAUGCCUUUGCAAAAGAGAAAUGCUAGAGGAAGCAUUGGAGCUUCUUGAAAAGAUGUUGGUGUCUUAUCCUCACUUGAGAUUAGAUAUAUGUAAUCUGUACCUUGAAAAGCUCAGCUCUACAAAUUUUGCAAGAGUUGCACAUAUCUUGCUGGAAGAACUCAAUCAGCGGGGUUUUGCCGUCAAUCACAUAGCUUAUAACCAUGUCAUAAGAGGAAUGAAUAAGGAGAAAAAAUUUUCCGCAUCUCUGAGAUUAUUGAACAAUUUGCUGGCCAUAAAUUUGGCCCCAUGUUUGGAUGUUACUCUUCUGUUAAUUCGUCAGCUGUGUAGGGCUAAUCGGCAUGAGGAAGCUGUUGCCUUAAAAGAGAUUGGCUUAAGGGACCAUUCAUUUUCUUCACUUUCUGUUAAUAAUGCAUUAAUAGAAGGAUUUUGUGUUACGGGGAAGGUCAGAGAAGCGGCCACUGUAGUUCAGAAGGAAAUGUUGUUGAAGGGAAUAUUUCCAGACGCCGAAACCAGUAAUAUUCUGGUUCAAGGGUUUUGCAAAGUCAACAGCUUGAGGAAAGUUGGGGAGCUUCUUGGUACCAUGAUAAGAAAAAAUUUUGAGCUUUCAAUCCCGACUUACCGAAAUUUGGUGCACUUAAUGUGUAUGGAGGGCAGGGUCCUUCGUGCAGUGAGGCUGAAGGAGCGUAUGCUUGGACAAAGCAAGUCUCACGACCUCAUCAUUUACAACAUUCUGGUUUUCCAUCUUUUUGCAACUGGAAACAUUUUGUUUGUUAAUGAUAUAGUACAUGACUUGCAAAAGGAGGAAGUGGAACUCGAUGAAGUCUCUUACAAUUUUCUCGUGUACGGAUUUUCUCGGUGUAAAGACGUAUCUAGUGCUUUGCACUAUCUUUCUACUAUGAUCUCUAAGGAACUUAGGCCAAGCAACCGCAGCUUGAGGGUGGCUAUAACAACCCUCUGCAAUAGUAGCGAGCUUGUGAAAGCCUUGGAGUUGAGUCGAGAGAUGGAACAAAGAGGCUGGGUUCAUGAUUCUGCCAUUCAAAGCAUGAUUGUCGAGGGCCUUCUUUCUCGUGGUAAGCUUCAAGAAGCCGAGAAUUUUCUGGACAGACUUGCGGAGAAACAUCUAAUUCCUGACAGUAUAAACUAUGAUAAUCUCAUCAAACGUUUUUGUUCAUAUGGCAGACUGAUCAAAGCAGUUGACCUUCUCAACAUAAUGUUGAAGAAAGGUAGUCUUCCAAGUUCCACCAGUUAUGACUCCGUAAUUAUUUCUUGCUGUGCAAGCAAUAGGCUGAAUGAAGCAAUGGAUUUUCAUACCGAGAUGUUAGACAGGAAUCUUAGGCCAAGCAUUGGCACAUGGGACAUGCUUGUCCAUCACUUUUGCCGAGAUGGGCAAACUGUGGAAGCAGAAAAGAUUUUGAUUUCCAUGCUUUGCUUAGGCGAAAUGCCAACCAGGGAGAUGUUCUCCUCCGUGAUCGACAGGUAUCACCACGAAAACAAUCCCAGGAAGGCGAUGGGGCUCAUGGAGAUGAUGCAACGAAGCGGUUAUGAGCCGGACUUUGAGACUCAUUGGUCUCUCAUAAACAAAUUAAGAACUUCCUUCAACAAGUCCAAUAAUGAAAGCGGCCAAGGUUUCCUGUCAAGGCUUCUUUCUGAGAGCGGAUUUUCUAGGAAAACUGAUUCCAAGACCAAGUAGGGAUAACCGAGACCGGACAUACGGUGUUCAUUCGUUCGUUUAUUCAUUUAUUCAUUAAUCUGUAUUUCGUUUCAUGGUUUUAUUUAGAAGUAGAAUCAAAGAGAAAAGGUGUUCAAUAAAGUAUAUGGUACAAGACUCCAUUGUUGUCUCUCAAAAGAGCUAUACUAUAUUGCAUGUUUAUA